AUGGUUCUUGCAAAAUCUAAAAAUGCCGUUGGGCUGGGAAACAGCUUGAUGAAUGAUCGAUUUGGAAAAGGCAAAGGUUCAGACCGGAAGAAGGUCACAUCUGCAGGAAUCCACAGAAUCAACCAUGCUACUGGAGAGACCUAUGUUACCAACGAGCGAAAGGAGGCCAGCUGGGUCAAGAUGCGAUCGGUGACAGAGCAGGCAGCCCUCGAUGAGUUCCUGUCGACAGCAGAGCUGGCAGGUACCGACUUUACCGCCGAGAAGAUGAACAAUGUCAAGAUUAUCCAUACCGAUCAGAAGAACCCAUACCUGUUAUCAGCAGCAGAGGAGCGAGCGGCUGUCGGAAAGCAGAAGGCCCACAAGGAUAGACUCACAGUACCUCGUAGGCCGCACUGGGAUGCGUCCACAACCCCUGAGCAAUUAGACCGAGCAGAGAGAGAUAGUCUGCUGGAGUGGCGUAGAGGUCUUGCAGAGUUGCAAGAGAACAAUGAUUUGCUUAUGACACCCUUCGAGCGGAAUUUGGAGGUCUGGAGACAAUUGUGGAGAGUUAUUGAGAGGUCGGACUUGGUGGUACAGAUUGUUGACGCUCGCCAUCCUCUGCUGUUUCGCUCAGAUGAUUUGGAGAAAUAUGUCAAGGCCGUCGACUCGAGAAAAGAGAAUCUUCUGCUUGUGAACAAGGCGGAUAUGUUGACUUUUGGCCAACGUCAGUCCUGGGCUGAUUACUUCGAAGCUGCCGGAAUUGCAUACAAAUUCUUCUCUGCCAGUCUGGCCAAGGAGAUGAACGAGACCCGGGAUUUCUCUGAUUCUGAAGAUGAAGAAGAUGAGACUAGGAAAGAGGUAGAGCCAACCGUGCAAAAGCUUACAGAAAAGGCCCAAGCUCUUAAAAUCGAGGAUGAUGAGGAGUCCAACGAGGAGGAUGAAGAAGCCGAAGACGAGAGAACGAGGAUUUUGACAGUUGAUGAACUUGAAGCUCUAUUCCUGCUACAUGCUCCAGACAAUCUUGAUGUCAACUCAGAGGGCCCCAGAAAGACACAAAUUGGCCUUGUCGGAUAUCCCAACGUUGGAAAGUCAUCUACUAUUAACGCGCUGAUCGGAUCCAAGAAAGUUUCCGUCUCUUCCACGCCAGGAAAGACAAAGCAUUUCCAGACUAUUCAUCUGAGCGACAAGGUUUUACUUUGUGAUUGCCCUGGUCUUGUGUUCCCAAAUUUCGCCACGACCAAGGCAGAGCUCGUUUGCAAUGGUAUUCUCCCCAUUGAUCAGCUGAGAGAGUUCACAGGUCCAGCCGGGCUCGUCGCCAAACGUAUUCCUCAACAUUUCUUGGAGGCCUUGUACGGAAUGAAGAUUAAGAUCAGGCCCAUCGAGGAAGGUGGAACCGGAAUUCCUACUGCCGAGGAAGUUCUUUCUGCAUACGCAAAGGCUAGAGGUUUCACGAGAACAGGUCAAGGUCAGCCUGAUGAGUCGCGAGCCGCGAGAUAUAUCUUGAAAGAUUAUGUCAGUGGCAAGCUUCUCUUCUGUCAGCCGCCACCUUUGGAUAUCGACCCAAUUGAGUUCAACAAGGAGCUCUACGACGAAGGCCACCUUCCUGAGAAAAGGCGGCUAGCACUGUCAUCGAUGGAUGCUCAUACCGAGGAGACAGCGUCGGUCGCCGAUUCAGAUAUGAUCCCAAUAGAGACUGGAAGCAAGUCCAAGAAGCUAGACAGUACUUUCUUCGCUCAAGGACAAGGUAACUCUGCACACCUCCGAAUGCCAUUCAACCACAAGUACAGCGAGCAGGGAACUGCUAGCGGCAAGCAACUGUCCGGGCGCAAGCAAAAGACUCUUCUGGCGUUAGAGAAGGACUUGGAUCCGAAGGAUAUCAAGAUGUUAACGAGCAAGAAGCACUUCAAGAACGGUACCAAGGGAAAUGGGAAGCGCAGAGCGGAUUACUUUGCGGACUGA